CUGAUCCCACGGAAACAGGCGAAUCGACAGCUCAACCCCACCGCUGACGAUCCCACCUCCAACACUUUAUCAUCUGAACGCAUACGAAUCCCCGAAUCAUCAGAAACACAUAGUCAAGAUGGCGCCUCCGUCGGAUCAGCCCGCCGAACACAAGAAGAAGGUCAACCUGACGGAUGCCUCCGGUGCCGAUGUCAAGGAUCAAGAUGAUGUCGCGACCGCCAUUCUGAAGAAGAAGAAGAAGCCCAACCAGCUGAUGGUUACCGAUGCCGUCAACGACGACAACUCCAUCAUUGCCCUUUCCGAGAACACCAUGGAGGCUCUUCAGCUCUUCCGCGGUGACACCGUGCUCGUGCGCGGCAAGAAGAGAAAGGACACCGUUCUGAUCGUUCUUGCCGAUGAUGAGCUCGACGAUGGCAGCGCUCGCAUCAACAGAGUCGUUCGCCACAACUUGCGGGUGAAGCAUGGUGACAUGAUUACCAUCCACCCCUGUCCGGACAUCAAAUACGCCAAGCGUAUUGCUGUCCUUCCCAUUGCCGACACUGUUGAGGGUAUCACCGGCUCCCUCUUCGACGUUUUCCUUGCUCCCUACUUCCGCGAGGCCUACAGACCCGUCCGCCAGGGCGAUCUCUUCAUUGUUCGCGGCGGUAUGAGACAAGUAGAGUUCAAGGUCGUAGAGGUUGACCCCCCCGAAUACGGUAUCGUCGCACAAGACACGGUCAUCCACUGCGAGGGCGAGCCCAUUCAGCGUGACGAGGAGGAGGGCAACCUGAAUGAGGUCGGCUACGACGACAUUGGUGGCUGCAGAAAGCAGAUGGCCCAGAUCCGCGAGAUGGUUGAGCUUCCUCUGCGUCAUCCCCAGCUUUUCAAGUCUAUCGGUAUUAAGCCCCCUCGUGGUGUGCUUUUGUACGGCCCCCCCGGUACCGGUAAGACGCUGAUGGCAAGAGCUGUCGCCAACGAGACGGGUGCGUUCUUCUUCCUGAUCAACGGCCCCGAGAUCAUGUCCAAGAUGGCCGGUGAAUCCGAGUCGAACUUGCGCAAGGCCUUUGAGGAGGCGGAGAAGAAUUCUCCCGCCAUUAUUUUCAUCGACGAGAUCGACUCUAUUGCACCCAAGCGUGACAAGACCAACGGUGAGGUCGAGCGCCGUGUCGUCUCUCAGCUUCUCACUCUCAUGGACGGCAUGAAGGCCCGCUCCAACAUUGUUGUCAUGGCCGCCACCAACCGUCCCAACUCGAUCGACCCUGCUCUGCGUCGUUUCGGUCGUUUCGACCGUGAGGUCGACAUUGGUAUCCCCGACCCUACCGGCCGUCUUGAGGUUCUUCAGAUCCAUACCAAGAACAUGAAGCUUGGUGACGAUGUCGACCUGGAGCAGAUUGCUGCCGAGACCCACGGCUACGUGGGUUCCGAUAUCGCUGCCCUCUGCUCCGAGGCCGCCAUGCAGCAGAUUCGUGAGAAGAUGGACCUCAUCGACCUCGACGAGGACACCAUUGACGCCGAGGUCCUUGACUCUCUUGGUGUCACUAUGGAGAACUUCCGCUUCGCCCUCGGCGUUUCUAACCCCUCAGCUCUGCGCGAGGUUGCCGUUGUUGAGGUGCCCAACGUUCGCUGGGAGGAUAUUGGUGGCCUCGAAACCGUCAAGGCCGAGUUGCAAGAGAGCGUUCAGUACCCCGUCGACCACCCCGAGAAGUUCCUCAAGUUCGGUCUUUCUCCGUCCCGUGGUGUCCUGUUCUACGGACCCCCCGGUACUGGUAAGACGAUGUUGGCAAAGGCCGUCGCCAACGAAUGCUCUGCCAACUUCAUCUCUGUCAAGGGACCCGAGCUUCUCAGCAUGUGGUUCGGUGAGUCUGAAAGCAACAUCCGCGACAUCUUUGACAAGGCUCGUGCUGCCGCUCCUUGCAUCGUCUUCCUCGAUGAGUUGGACUCUAUUGCCAAGGCUCGUGGUGGAUCUAUGGGCGACGCUGGUGGUGCUUCCGACCGUGUUGUCAACCAGCUUCUCACUGAGAUGGAUGGUAUGACUUCGAAGAAGAACGUCUUCGUUAUUGGUGCGACCAACAGACCCGAGCAGCUUGACCCUGCCUUGUGCCGUCCUGGCCGCUUGGACUCCCUCAUCUAUGUCCCCCUGCCCGACCAGCCCGCCCGUGCUGGUAUCCUCAAGGCUCAGCUCCGCAAGACUCCCGUUGCUGCUGACGUCGACAUUGACUUCAUUGCCUCCAAGACCCACGGCUUCUCCGGUGCCGAUCUUGGUUUCAUCACCCAGCGUGCUGUCAAGCUCGCCAUCAAGGAGGCUAUUACUGCCGACAUUCAGAAGACCAAGGCUCGCGAGGCCGCUGGUGAAGAGGCCAUGGAUGAGGACGAGGAGGACCCCGUGCCCGAGCUCACCAAGCGCCACUUCGAGGAGGCCAUGCAGAUGGCCCGCCGCUCCGUCAGCGACGUCGAAAUCCGCCGGUACGAGGCUUUUGCUCAGCAGAUGAAGAACGCUGGACCUGGAGCGUACUUCAAGUUCCCCGAGGGCGAGGGCGCUGCCAACGAAGCUGCCAACAGCUUCGGCGAUGCUGGUAACGAUGAUGACCUUUACGACUAAAGGGUGGGCCAGAUGCCAGUUGAUACAGGGCACGCCUUCGUUGUAUUCUAGUUUUUCCUUUUGCUCUCCGAUGCAUCUGCGUCAUCAUGCGUACAGAUGGUGGGCCGGGUCACGGAAAUUCGUGCCUAUCGCCGGAAAUCUGGAGGCGGACGGAGUUGGUAGACAGGCAGUUUUUCUAUGAUAGUUGAUCACCUAAGAGUCGUCUCGGUCUAUGCAUGAUGUGACAUUGGUUCCUCGCAGAUAUGUUGGUGUUGAGCGUCGACUGUGGCUACCUUGUAUCGUUGAUUGUUUGAGAAACGUCCUCGAACAAGUUGGGUAGGGGGGGAUAAAAAGGCAAUCGCCAGAUGAAGGUGGUUGAUGUGACCGUGAUGCGACAGUAAGGAAAUCAGGAUUAUUUUU